UAGAUCUGCCACUCGGAGAGUGUAUUGAAUACAUAUGGUAUGUCUAGACCAUGACGCGCGUGCAGAUUUGUACAACGCCUAACCGCGCUUUAAAACAAUCACGCGUUUCAAGCAAAACUUUUCGCGCUUGUUUUUCUUUUUUUUCUAAUAGACAAAUGUUAUAUUCCUGGAACAUUUUCAAGGGAUACACUCCGCGGACAAACAUCGGCCAUUCACAUUUUUUUUUUAAUGUCGAGUGCACAUCUUGUCACCGUGUUACUAGUAAGUACAACUUUUUUUUUAAUAAAUACAUAAUUUUUAUUAUAAAUAGAAGUACAAAUAAUUUAAAAUGAUUUGUUUUAUUUGCAAAAGUAAUAUUAAUGAACUUUCUUCUUUGGUCACUCAUUUCAAAGUCAUUCAUAAUUUAAAGUCAUAUAGUACCUACGAAUGUUUUGAAAAUGAAUGUUUUCAAACUUUUAAUAAUUUAUCCACAUUUAAAAGGCAUAUUCUUAAUAAACACACCCAAUUAAAAUCUUUUUUUUCAAAUAAAAGUAAAAAUACUGCAGCUUUCAUAGAACUUUCUACUUCGGAAACACAAAUAAACAAUUCAUUUAUAACACAUGAAGUCUUAAAUANGCAAAUAAACAAUUCAUUUAUAACACAAUAUAAAUCAUCAGUUUUAUUUGUUAUGAAUUUGCAUGCAAAUAAUAAUUUUACUUUUAAAGAUAUUACUACUAUACAAAAGCUUUUAAAAGAUUUAAUUUUUGAACCUUUGGCUGAUAUGCAUAAAAAAGUUGUUCAAACCGAAAUUGAUGAACCAUUAAUAAAAGCUAAGUUUUUUCGUAUUAAUUCAGUUAUAAAAGAUCCUUUUUGUCAUUGUUAUAAUGAUCAUUUAUUAACUUCAUGGCUAAAACAAAAUGAUUAUUUGGAAAAUUUAACACAGUUUACUAUAAAUAAUGAAAUAAACAUAGUACAAUAUAUACUAGUGUGCUCUUCAUUAUAUAAUGAAGAGCACACUAGAGCAGUUUUACUGCCUUUAAGGUUUCAAUUUAAAAAAUUUUUUGAACAUGGUAAUAAUUAUAAAAAAAUGUUGAAUAAUAUGAAUGAUUUAAAAACAAAUAAUACAGAUAAAAUAUCAAAUUUUAUACAAGGUAAACUUUGGAAACAAAAAAUUGUACCAUAUGAAGGAAAAAUUGUUUUUCCUUUUUUUUUAUAUGUUGAUGAUCUGGAAAUUAAUAAUCCUCUGGGCUCUCAUUCUAAAUUUCAAUCAAUUGCUGCAAUUUAUUAUAAUUUUCCGCUUCAUAAUAAUAAUUCUAUGCUGUCUAACAUAUUUUUAGCAUCUUUAGUUAAAUCAGUUGAUUUUAAAAUGUUUGGCAAUGAUAAAUGUUUAACUAAUUUAGUUAAUGAAAUUAAUUAUCUUGAAAAAGAUGGAAUAACUAUAACAACAGACGAUGGACAGUGGAAAAUAUAUUUCAUUCUUGGUUUAGUUUUAGGAGAUAAUCUUGGUGUCAACAGCAUUUUAGAAUUUAGUAAAUCUUUUUCAGCCAAAUUUUUUUGUCGUUUGUGUAAAGCACAUAAAGAACUUACUAAAGUUAUGUCUAUUGAAAACUCAUCAUUACUUAGAACUGUUGAUAAUUAUGAAAUAGACACAGCCAGUUUAAAUUUUAAAGAAUCUGGUAUUUACAAAGAGUCCAUUCUUAACAAAAUUAAUAGUUUUCAUGUAAUUAAUAACCUCUGUGUAGAUAUUAUGCAUGAUAUUUUUGAAGGGGUGUGUCAUUAUAAUAUNUAUGAUAUUAUUGAAGGGGUGUGUCAUUAUAAUAUGUGUCAUAUACUCAAAUAUCUAACCAUUACAGUUCAAUUAUUUACUUUGGAUAAACUAAACAAUAGGAAAGAUAUAUUCAAUUAUGGUAGUUUAGAAGCUGAAAAACCACAAAACAACGAACUUGUGACGAUCAGGGAUCCUACGGACAACCCGUCGGAACAAGAGCGUGAACUAGCGAUUCUUCGCAAAAGAAUCGCUGUACUAGAAGGUCUCAAUGCCAACAACGGGACUCUUGGUGAACCGUCUACUAGCAAAGAGACAGCAACGUCAACUAAUGCAGACCAGGAGUCGCAAGAUCAACUGGGAGCAAUUAGAGAGGCUAAAGAAACAAACGAAAUAAUAAAUGAAUGGGCUAGUUAUAGAUUACCCCUUGGAUAUAAACUCGUGGAUAUUGACUUUAAACAACUUAUCAAAUAUAAUAGUAUGAUGGUCGAUUCAUUUGAUGAUUCUUACCAAGAUAUUAUGAAUAUUAUAGAAAAACACAAUAAAGACCGAGAUAGCAAAAUACUUGUAGAACAGCUUUCUCAAAGAUCAGACAUUUGUCAAAGUGGAAAAAAUACAGCAUUCUUCUAUCUAUUAAGCUCGCUUUUCGUGCCAACGUCGAGAAAAGUGACGAGAGAUGAAAAUGGAAAAAAAAAUAUCAUUAAAUAUUCUAUAAAGGACUCUCAAAAUUCAUUAAUUAGUUUCCACGAGACAGUUGACCAAGCUGAAGCUUAUAUCGCAUUACUACAAAGUAGAAAUCAGCCAAUACAACCAUUCAUUUUAAUUAUUGGCACGAUUUUAAAACCACGAGAUAUAUUAUUAUAUUUUGAUGCCAUCAAGUAUAAAAUUUUUUCAAUAAUAAGAGCAGUGGAUGUCUGCUUUAAGAUAUUCCAUGUUUUUAAUUUAGAAUACCCACUUCCAUCAUGCGCUGUCUGGACAUUUAUUCAACAAUAUUACUACAAAUUAUUUUUAAAGAACGACUACUCCCAUCAAACAGUAAAACAAGUGCUACAUGAUCUCAACAAAAUAGUAAAAUAAUAUUAUUAUAUUAAUAUUAUAUUGAAAAAUCCUUUUAUUUUUUCACUUUAUAUUUUUCUUCUUUUCAUUUGUAUUAAUUAUUUGUAAAUUAUUAAUUUUUAUUUGAUUAUUUAAAAUUAAUUUUACAUCCAAUGUAUAAAGUUUAUACUAUAAACAGAUUGUAAGCUUUCUUAAAAUUCAUUAAAAAUAAAAGGUGAUAAAUACGCCGUUUCAGUUUAUAUUCCAUAUGUCUAUUUAAAUACACAUGUGUAAAGGUUUUAUUUAUAAUUUACUAUUGAAAAAUUAAAAGUUGUUCAUUAAAUUAUUUUUAAUAUUAUAAAUACUACACAAUAUAUAUAUUAAAUAACGUGUUUAUUUAAGUAAAUUAUUACCAUAAUUAAGAUUAAAUUUAUAAUUUAAUAUGGGAUUUUAUUUGUACACUGGUAUGUUAAUUUA